GCGCGCUCACUGACAAUGCGCGUGAUUAUGGUAAUGACAGUUGUUUUGGAAUACAAGAGGAAUAAAUACCAGGAUUAAACCCGCGCGUCUUGUGCAAAAUUCAUAUUUCCAUUACUUUGAGUUGCGUACAGGUGUCAAUUACGCGCUUUCAUGUUGUUCUCCGUCAGGAUAUGACGCCAAUUCUAAUGUUCGUCAGCAACUGGACUCGGUGGGAUAGUUUCAGGUAUUUUAACGGAUCUCAAUCCCUGGAUGAUGCACAUAGCGCAAAAAUACAUUCUUUUGGUACUUUCUGUCUUAAACACGGCCCUUACAUCUCUGCUGAGGGUGAUUGGCAACCCUUUAGUAAUGGACCCCAACAGCAUUUGUCGUAGGACUAGACCUCUCCUAGGCAGACAUGCUGACCUGUGCCAGUCCCACCCUGAGAUCAUUCAGGAAGUGGCAAAAGGUGCCAGGCUGGGCAUGCGAGAAUGCCAACAUCAGUUCCAAAAUAAUCGCUGGAACUGCACCAGCAAGAGCAAAAACCUGGCCAAAAUCCUCCAACAAGAUAUCCGAGAAACUGCGUUCAUGAACGCCAUCACUGCUGCUGGGAUAAUGCAUGCAGUAACACAAGCCUGCAGUCAGGGAGAGCUGCCACAGUGUGGCUGUGUGAGCCUUCAGGGUUCCACAAAAUCUCACCUGGCAGAGGAGACAUAUAACCAGACUUCACCUAACAGAUACGGGCGCUGGGAAUGGGGAGGAUGUGGAGAUGAUGCAGACUUUGGUUAUGAGAAGUCUUGUCUGUUCAUGGACGCCGUGAAGCGUAAAAGCAAAAAUGACAUCAGAACUCUCAUUGACCGGCACAACAAUGAGGCAGGAAGGCAGGCCGUUCGGAUACAGAUGCGUGCAGAAUGUAAAUGUCAUGGCCUUUCUGGUUCCUGCACUCUUCACAGCUGCUGGAGCAAGAUGCCAAUCUUCCGUCAAGUCGGUGACCACAUCAUGCAAAAGUUCUAUACAGCCGUCCAAGUGAUGGGAGGUAAUGAUGGUAAAUCACUAAUUUCCGCCGAUCUUGAUACUCCAGCCCUGGAUGCAAACGAUCUCAUCUAUUCAGCCGAGUCACCUGACUUCUGCCGGCCCAAUCAGAGGACGGGGGCAGAGGGCACACAGGGUCGUGUUUGUAACCGCACAGAGACAGGGCCAGGAGGCUGUGACACACUGUGCUGCGGUAGAGGAUUUGCAGAAUACACUGUGGAAUAUGAAGAAAACUGUCUGUGUCAAUUUCACUGGUGCUGUGUGGUUCAGUGCCAAAGAUGUUCUGUGAGAAAGGAUGUCACCGACUGUCUUUAAAGCUCACCUGUAGCAAGGGUUUCCAGUCCAGCUCCUGGAGAACCACUAUACUGCAAAGUUUUGUUGCAAAUUAAACCAAACACACCUGAACUAGUCUCCAGGGUUACAUGGAAACUAAAAAGGGAAAAUCUGGAGGAUUAAAACAUUAGCAUAGCGCCACUAGUGGCCCUUGCUGGGAAAGCAUUGCAUUAAAUUUUUAUGCAAGUUUCUUUUGGACAUUCUAGAACCUUGGCAUAUUAAAACAGGUGUUUAUCUCAUCACACAGAAUUGAAUGGUCCCCUGGUUACUGCAAAAAAUAUAGAGUUAAUCCCAUUAAUCAGGUGGAAGACAGGGGCCAGUUCGAAUGAUUUGCUCACCCUUCACACUGCCACCUGCUGGUGUGUGACAACUGUUACAAAUAUGCCUAAAAAGGGAUUUUCCCUCUCAAUUUUUAUUGAAAACAUUUAAAACUAAACUGGGAAUGUGAAUGAAAUCUAAGACAAAAACAAUUAGGUUAAGACUUAAGAACUUUCUUUUUGUCUCUGGAGAUCAACAGUCAUCUGAACUGUCCAAGGUGCUGAACUGUAAAUUGCUUCUCAAACUAAGCUCCAAGAAUGGCGUCAUUACACAAACUAUUGCUGUUACAUUUUCUAGCAAUUGUUUUAUGGUAUCUGUAAAAACAUUUCCACCUGCACAUAUUCUGCAUAAUUUGUUUUUGUAGCGAUGAGGAUAAACAGGGGAACAUUCUCUUAACUGUAAUUCAGUGGCUUUGCUCUCUAUGUUGAUGCUACAAACGUGUGUUUUAUCUAAUGCUUGUAUACAAAUGAAUGUCCACAAGGUGGAGCAUAAGCAUGGCUCUUAAAUGCUGCAAAAGCGUUUAAUGCUACUGUGAUGCACCUGCACCACGAAGGAUUUAAAUGACCUUCUUAUUUUAAUAUGGUGUGCUUAAAAAGAAACAGGUUAGGAGAUGUAAAUCAUGGAAAUGGAUUGUUUUGAAUUCAAUUUUUAUUUGUUACGUUAUGUUUUGUGAUUUUAUGUUUCUCUUUUCUCCUUUCUUCUCUUUCUGGGGGUGUGAAUUAGACACGACAGACGUGAUUAUAUGGAUCAUUGCUCUCAACUGUUAAAACACUUUAAGCAUUUUAAAUUAGAAGAUACAUAAUUUUAUUUGGCAAAAUCCAAAAAUAUACUCUCAACCU